GUCAGGCGCCUGCGGAUCGGGGGCGCUACCCUGGGGUCCCUGUGGGCCGUGCGACUGAACGGGGCAUCUCCGGGCCCCGCCCGUUAUCUGAACGCCCCGCCCCCACAUGGCCCCUGAUGACAAAGCUUCCGCUCGCUCCGCCCGACUUGGGAUGCUGCCCUGCGCAGUGUCCAACCUCCAUCACCUACAGCCGGAACAUGCGCCAUAUCCGCACUACUGGAGCGGGGAAGACACACACAAGAUGGCUGCCCUGCUCAACUCUUAGUUCCGGCGUGAAACGUCACUUCCCCUCCAGGAGGGAGCUAAACUUGAGAGGGCUCGCGUGUGACGUCAUCGGAGCGCGCCAGAGCGAGUCACGUGCGCGCUCCAUACCAGGCGGACGGCUGGAGUCCGGGGCUUAGCGAACAGUUGUGGAGGCACCAUGGGAACCAGCGUGGAGGUGCCGCACUCGGCGGCCCGGCCGCUGCCCUGCCCGGAGAUCCCGGCCUUCGCGGCCGCCUGCCGCCUAGUGCGGAGCCGCUACUCGUGCCUGGUGGCGGCGCCGCAUCGGAGGCACAUCGCGCUGGCGCCGCGCUACCUGAACCGGAAGCGCACCGGGAUCCGCGAGCAGCUCGACAGCGAGCUGCUGAGAUAUUCGGAGAGCCUCAGCGGUGUGCCAGUGGCUUAUGAUAACAUCAGAGUAGUGGGUGAAUUAGGUGAUAUUUAUGAUGACCAAGGAUUCAUCCAUUUUAACAUUGAAGCAGAUUUUGUCAUUUUCACUCCCAAGAAAGGAAAAAAGCUUGUGGGUGUGAUCAAUAAAGUGGCCCCAAGUCAUAUUGGCUGUCUGAUACAUGGGUGUUUCAAUGCUUCCAUCCCUAAACCUGAUCAAAUGUCAGCUAUAGAGUGGCAAGACCUUGGGUUAAAAAUAGGAGAUAAACUGGAAUUUGAAGUGGUGCAUUUAGAUUCCGAUGCUGCUGGAGUAUUCUUCAUUCGGGGGAAACUGAAUAAAGACAGUGUGCAAUCCAAAUAUCCUGAAUCAGUAACUGAAGAUACAAACAGUAUAGAUGAAAUACCAAAGAAGAAACACAAGAAAAGAGACCGAAGGAAUUGUGAGUUAGAAAAUGACACAGAGGUUACACACAAUGCAGAUACUACUGUGGUGGAAGAUGCAGAAGAGCAGAAUGCUGAUACAGUAAAUGGAUUUUAUGAUAAAAAGCCAAAGAAGAAGAAAAAACAUAAGCAAGAAAAGCAGAAACCUGUAUUUUAUGGAAGUGACUGUAGUGGUUACCCGAGUGACCAUAAAAAGGUUAUGAGAAAGAAAAGAGAACAUCGUGAUGUAGAUGAAGAAAGUGAAUUAUCUCAAUUGUCACAAGAACCUAAAGCCAAAAAGAGAAAGGAAUGACAAAUGGACUGAAGAGUCCAAAAAUCCCUUGCUUGAAUACAUUGGCGCGGAGCAGAGAAAAGAACCCUGAGUUUGCUGAAACUUCUUUCCACAUCAGCUGAAUUUACAGUCAGUUGGAGGAGAACCAUUGCAUCUUUUUUGCCAGGUUAGGAAUACGAUCUUCAACAGCCAUCCAGAAGUAAAUGGGAUCCUCAACGUCUCUAAAUUAAAUCUUUGACAAUCCCUAAAUACACUCAGACAGCUUUAAUUGUGGUUUCACAAUCUUUGUUUAGGAUCCAGUGCAUGAACAGCAUGGAGAAAAUUAAGUGCUGGUUGUUUAUUUUUUAGCUUGUACUGUCUCAGUUUAUCAGCAGUGCUUUGAGCAGCUGCAGAUCUAUUUGCAUUUUCAGUUGAUGCAAGAUGCUGUAACCAUGAAAUUAAAUCCAGAAAAAUGUACACUUUGUGCAUUUGUAAAAAGCAACAGAGGGUCCUGUGGCACCUUUAAGACUAACAGAAGUAUUGGAGCAUAAGCUUUUGGGGGUAAGAAUCUCACUUCUUGCAAGUGCCACAGGACCCUCUGUUGCUUUUUACAGAUUCAGACUAACACGGCUACCCCUCUGAUACUUUGUGCAUUUGAUAUUUUUAGGACUGCAAAACAUCCGGUACUGUCACCAAGUGUCUGCCGUUCUCUGCAAUGUAUUUCAGGUCUGCAUGCACAUCAGCUGCUAACAGGCAAGCUAGUUUCUGCUGAACAGAUGUAUCCCCAUGUUCCAUUUGUUCAUGCUCCUUGAACCCAUGGUAGAACUGGUAGUACUGUACAUGGUAUUUUAUAAAAUUGAACCAUGUAUUCCACCUGGUCCCAAUUGGUUCAGUUGGAAGUGUUGGCAAAUCAACUCUCUAUUUACUCAGGUAUCUCAAGUAUCGUUUACAACAAGCUGGAGAUUUCACUAAAAUUGACUUCAUCUCAAAGCGAUCCACUUAAAGCUAUCUCACCAAGUAUUUCCUGCCAGCGCGACUAUAUGUGCAUAGCAAUGAAGACGAAUACAGUUUGACCACAGGUUGCAAAGCACAUCAUUUCAAGCCUUUGCCAUGUAGCUCGUACUGUCUGUUACAAAUGCUAAUAUUCGAUCAAGUGGUUGGAUGCUGAAUUCCAUAACACAAGAAAUCAAGGCUUGUGAAACUGAGUCAUAUAUAACUUUGCUGAGGUACACUGUCUUUACAAGCUGUGGUGUGGUAAUGUCAGCAUGCUUUAGGAGAAUCUACCUUGAGCACCUGAAAUAAAAUGUUGAAAACUGG